UCUGGAUGACAUGGGUUGGGGUGAUUUGGGAGCUUUCGGAGAGCCUUCUAAGGAAACUCCUAACUUAGACCAGAUGGCUUCGGAGGGGAUGCUUUUCCUGGAUUUUUAUACUGCCAACCCCCUUUGUUCUCCGUCAAGAGCAGCGCUGUUGACGGGCCGUCUCCCAGUGAGGAAUGGUUUUUACACCACGAAUGCACAUGCCAGAAACGCAUACACACCACAGGAUAUAGUAGGAGGAAUCCCAGAUUCUGAAUUACUGCUUCCAGAGUUGCUGAAGAAAGCUGGCUACGUCAAUAAGAUCAUUGGCAAAUGGCAUCUGGGUCACAGGCCCCAGUUCCACCCCCUGAAGCAUGGGUUUGAUGAAUGGUUUGGGUCCCCGAACUGCCAUUUUGGACCUUUUGAUAACAGAGCGCUCCCCAAUAUUCCUGUGUACAGGGACUGGGAAAUGAUUGGCAGGUAUUAUGAAGAUUUCAAAAUUGAUCUGAAGACGGGUGAAGCCAACUUGACUCAGAUCUACCUACAGGAAGCUCUCGAUUUUAUUAGCAAGCAGCAGGCCAGCCAGCAGCCAUUCUUUUUAUACUGGGCAAUUGAUGCUACCCACGCUCCUGUUUAUGCCUCCAAACAUUUCCUGGGCACUAGUCAGAGAGGACUAUAUGGUGAUGCUGUGCGAGAAAUUGAUGAUAGCAUCGGAAAAAUUCUAAAACAUCUUCAGAAUCUGGGUAUCAGUGGGAACACUUUUGUCUUUUUCACCUCUGAUAAUGGAGCUGCUCUCAUUUCAGCUCCUAAACAAGGAGGAAGCAAUGGCCGUUUUCUGUGUGGCAAACAAACCACCUUUGAAGGUGGCAUGAGAGAGCCAGCUAUUGCUUGGUGGCCCGGACGAAUACCUGCAGGAGGGGUCAGUCAUCAGCUGGGCAACGUGAUGGAUCUCUUUACCACCAGCCUCUCCCUGGCGGGACUGCAGCCUCCCAGUGACAGACAGAUUGACGGCAUCGACCUUUUACCUGCCAUCUUGCAGGGCAAGCUAAUUGACAGGCCCAUAUUCUAUUAUCGUGGCAACGAGAUGAUGGCGGUGAGAGUUGGGCUUUACAAGGCUCACUACUGGACCUGGAGCAACUCCUGGGAGGAGUACAGCAAGGGCAUUGAUUUCUGUCCCGGGCAGAAUGUCUCUGGAGUGACAACACAUACACAGGAGGAGCACACUACCCUGCCGCUGCUUUUCCACCUGGGGAGGGACCCUGGAGAGAAGUACCCAUUAAGUUUUGCCAGCGAUGAAUACCAAAGGGCUAUGGAUCGAAUAUCUGUUGUUGUCCAGCAGCACCAAGCGACCAUGGUGCCAGGGGAGCCGCAGCUUAACGUGUGCGACAAGGCCGUCAUGAAUUGGUCUCCUCCAGGCUGUGAGAAGCUAGGGAAGUGCCUGAAACCGCCCAAGUCUGAUCCCAGGAAGUGCUUUUGGCCUCAUUGAUCUUCUCUGCAGCCUUCAAGAGUGACACAGGAACGCUAUAACCAACCAGACACGCGGCUUACAAAGCAUGUCUUCUCAUGUCGGCACUCCUGUUUACACAGGGAGGGGUGUGAUGUAUGUGUGAUAUCAUCAUUUGCUCUUCCAACAGGGCCAGUGUUUAUAUUGCUAGAGCUCAGGGUUUAGCCUGUACUCUUUGGUUGGUUUAGUUGUUUCCGUAAAUGGUAACUUUUCAGUGAAGACUUAUUUCAACUGUAAAAGCUCUCUGGACAACCACAAGUCUGCCACCACCUCAGAAAUGCCAUGGAUGCACCUCUUCUCUUGCUCCUUCCACCCAACCUGCUCUCUCAAAUCAUUGCUCGUUCAGAUGCCCCGACAGCAGCCAUGGGGGACUGUUCAGGAAGCUUACAGCCGCCAGAAAACCCUGCCCAAACUGCCCUUGUUUUGCUUGCCUGUAACUUGUUGUUUUAACAUUUCAUUUCCAUUGUGAAAUCUGGACACCAACCUGGUUUUCCUUUCUUCCUAAACUUGCGAGUACUGGGUGCAGCUGUACGGCUGCUGUGCAUCGCUGGGUGCAAACAAGUGCUCCCCCCCCGUUCCCGACUAAGGGGCUGGCUCCAGGGAGAACGCCCUGCCCUCCUUCCAUCUGGAGCUGCAAACAUUCCCUAGUAAUGGUACAAAGAAAUUUGAAGGUGGUGUUCAUGUAAGUAUUGCCUUAUUGAUGGUGUGCAGGGUGUUCUUGGGGAGCUGGGGGUCAGUUGUUCAUUUCAGGGGGUUUCUUCAUUUCCAAAAAUCUGGGUCCAAAUAUGGUUUAGGUCACGCUUCUAGUCUCAUGAUCUGGACCCAGCCAACUGCAGGCUCGGAAGUGCCCGUUUACAUCAGAUAUUAACUCUUGACCCUGUUUCCAGUGUGCGCGCUCUGAGGAAUUCUCCCUGUCCAAACUUUCCACAGCCUGGGUGUAGCACUUCUUUAAACAGAGUUCAUGGUAAAUGCCGAUCCUUUGCACAAUUUCACAUUGCAAAUUUCUCAUCUGCUUUUGAGCCUCCUUCACGCCCUUUGCUCUUGCUAAGAAACGUGUCUCGAACAAAACCGAGCAAGGUUACUCCGGGGCUUCAGGGGAGUAGCUGGAAGCAACCCUGAACAAGCUGUUUGCAGCACCGACAGCUCCGCUUCCACCACUCCAGCGUUUCGUACAGUACACGUGCCCUCUCCGCCUGGCGCUUGUGCUGCCUUGGGAAAAGUCGAGGUGCUCUGAACCUGUAAACAGCCGUGUUUCCUUCCCAAGCAAAGCUCGGGGCUGGCUUGAGACGGUUGAAAGCUCUGCUUCUCUGGUAACUGCUGUCCUACUGCCCGCUCUGGGCUUCUCAACUGCUUGUUCUUACCCUCCCUGUACUCCCAAACGCUCUCAUUCUCUCCGUUCCCAUGGUUUACGCCACCUGUAAUCCCCUCCACAGUAUUUCCUCGUGUAUAUCUCAUGAAGCUGGCUAAUCCUGUAAGAUUGUGGUAAGAACAGCACUUGAGUCGGCUCUUACUGCUCCACCUAUCAGAACUCACAGCCCACACUUCGUCGGCUGGCAGAGCCUCUGAAACUCACUGCUUGUGCAUCUGCAAAUGGCGUUUGUUUAUAGUCCAAAUGUCUUAGAUGCCUUAUGAUGCUCCUAAUUAUCCUUCCAGUAUAUCAAGGCAUUUCCAGUUCAUCCAUAACAUUUCUCCUUGUUUUGACAUAGUGUAGAUAUAGCUCAAGGCUUGAGAGAUUCUGUUCAGCCUGUUCUUCACCGAUGCUACGUGAGAAGGACUGGUAGGAGGACUUGCAGCAGUCGUGUGCGUCCGUCAGCACAGGAGACGGGACAAAACCAAUAAAUUCCCAUUUUCUGGGUGCUGUCCACCUCUGCUUUAGUGCUUCUGUCACCCAGAAGUAUUCAGAACCCUGCAGUUCACUGUUAUCAGCAGAUAAAGCUGCCACCAGAGGAGGGAGUCUGUCACUGCAACUCCCUGAAAGUCGCUGUCGGCCCUCAAAUAGCUAUGGAGGUGUCUGCUGCGCAUUGUCGCGGCGCUUUGGCUUUCUACGCGCUGCUUACAGAGAUCGCGUCGCAGGAUCGCAGCUCAUCGCCCGAGCGCCAGCCCAGGCACGUUUCUCAGUUCUUAGCCUUUGCAGUCUGCACACGGUGAGCGUACUGGAUGCCUGCUCCCCGCGUCCCCCCCCUGCCUGCCUGCCGCUUCAUUCUUUACUCUUUCACAGCUUGCAGCUUUGAAGCCCGUGCUUUUGCCCUCUGGGUGGAACUCGCUUGGACAAGCCACCCUGUUCUCAGCACAGACGGUGCUUGUCUGGCCACCCAGCACACAAAGUCCUCGUUCCUCACUGAAAUAAUCUCUCAGUGCAAAGAUACUGGAUGCAAACUUUGCACUAGAACGCUGGCUGCUAUAAGAGAAUUGACUUGAUGUCUGUUUAUUAUCUGCUUCAUGUCUGUUUAUUAGAAGAGAUCAGAGCUUAAUGUGAAGAAACUACUGCUUUAAACUUAAAUAAGAAUAGUAGUUGUACAGCUGGAUAGCCAGGAAGAAUUUUAAAUCAAUGCCUUUCCCAAAGAUGUACAGAUUUUAAAGUUGCGAGGUGAAGAACUACUGAAGAAAAAUAAACUAAUUUAUCAGAAACGCAUUAUAGGAUUUGUCUGUGCACACCUGUAAAACAACCGAGUAACACCUCGCUUCGGGACCCUCUCACGCCCUCCAGAUCAUGGGAUUGCUCCGGGUUAAAUAUAGCUUGUUUUGUUUUCCCGGUAUUAUUUUUACCGUGGAUCAAUUUCCCAGCCCACACAGCUGCCUGAGUGCAGCUCGGAGGCCGGUGUGGGGACCAGGGCCGUGCGUGGCCCGAGGCUGCGUCCCCCAGGAUGAGCGCCGCAGCUUAGCACGGGGCAGCUCAAAACCGACAGGCGCCUUGCGUCGCGACGCAGCCAGCACGUAUCGCCUCAUUUGCCCUUCGUAAUUAUCCCGAGCCUCCAGUCUGAAGUUGGUCCAUGUGAUGGUCGCCCAGUUGUGCGAACUGCCCGUACUGGGGCGGGUGGUGGCUUUGCAGGGGCUGCCUGUGUGCGAUAGCGGUCGGCAGAGGAGCGGCUCUGCGGGGGGUUUACUGGCCGGUCGGGGUCCAGCAGCAGCAAAGCUGGUUUGUUGAUGGCUCCCUGUCUCAAGCUGGAAAGCCUAAGAGCUAAGGAAAAGAUGAUGUCUAAGGCUGCUUCUAUGUGAUGUUCCUUUCUUUACAUUUAAAUACGUCUGCUAAACGCUAAAAGCUUAAUAUCCUCCUGGGCUAAGAGUCCAAGGAAUUUCUUUCUUGCCUUUAAUUUCCAAUUAGCUGAGCCUCUCGAGCCUCCCUGCUCUGCCCCCGAGGCUGUGUUAUCAUCCGACCCUCCGUGCGGAGAAGCUUCUCAAAUUGAUGUAACUAAUAAUCGUGGAAGGAGUCCUACUGCAUUUACAGUCUAUGGCUGCAAAAACGGAGCCUCGGUUUAAAAUCCCGCGGUGACAAAUGGAUUAUUCCGGUGGCAAAUUAGUCUCUGUGGACCAACAAUUUGGGGAUCUGAACGCUGGAAUUGGAAACCAGAAGAUCAAUUCCGAACACUUAGAGCCAAGGUUAAUGCCCUGCAAACGGUAUUGAGUGCAGCGAUGAAAGAUAACGUGCCUCUGCGUUUUAAACGGGGAGCCGAGGAGCGCGGUGUUAGAAGUGAAAAUGGGCAAGUUCGGAAUGAGAACGAGCAAUGCCCACCUAUCUGCUAAUAAAACGUUACACUGCGUCGGGGGACCGAGCUUUCGGGCAAGCGCUGAGAGUGACCGCAGGCUUUUAGUAAAGAAACUGGAACUAACACGGCCGAGAGGGCGGCUGUUGAACUCGGGAUGCUCGCUGCCACGUGGAAGCUGGCAGUUCCCGGUACCUGCUGAGUCGAGCCUUUCCCGAGCACGGUGGACAGCUUCCAAAAGCCUCCUGCUUUCGCAGAAAGUGCAGCGGAUGACAUGAGGAUCUCCCAGAAGUUGCAGAAUACUCUUUUUUUUUUUUUUUUUUUUUUUU